AGUAAUUUACAAAUAAUUAAAAUCAUGCGGAGAAGAGAUUUGUUGUUAGGGUCCUUCUCCUCUAAAGCGGUGAAUUUCGGUUUGUUUACCAUUUCAAUAGUCGGUAUUUCAAUCAUUUCUUUGCAGGGAAAUUUAAAUAAUGGAGGAAAGUUUUGUUUCCCUUUUGGCAGAAAAAACACCUCAAAGGAGUGCUGCUAAAUCAUCAUUUGUGCAAAAAUGUAUUACUUUUGGAAGUUCAAAAAAAGGAUUAUCUUUUGAUGAAACUGGACUUAGUGGCACUUUACCUUCUUCAAGAGAACAAUCACUAUCUGUUUUCAGUCAAGGAAAUGAAUACAACAUGAGUGGAAUUUUUGAAUUGGAUAAUAAUCGUGAAAGUUCAUCAGUUUUUAAAAUGGAUAGUAAUCGAGAAAAUUCAUCAGUUUUUAAAGAUGAUUUUAUGACUACAAAGCUGGAAAUUGACAACACAGUUCUCAUUGAUGUUGAUCCAGGAACUUAUUUUACUGACUCACUUGGUGAAGAAUUUUUGGAAUUUUUCCUAAGCUAUGCAGGAGAGCAUGAAAUAUUUAGCUUAUUGUUAAAUUAUGAAAAUCUUUGCUGUAAAGGAAUUGAAACAUUAGCUAAAAUUUAUUCUAAGAAUGCUAUGACAGAAAGGCUUCCUAAUGCGUUAAGAACUUUGAAUGUUCUGCAAUUGGAGCGUAAUACCUGGCGACUUAUGAGAAUUUUAUUUCAAGAUCGCUUGGAGGGAGAAACAGUUGAUGAAGGAGAUUCGCUUCUAUCGACAUUGGGAAAAGUUUCUGACAAACAAAUUGUGGAUAAUUUAUAUCAGAGGUCAGCAUAUAUUCGCCAAAAUCAGCUUAUUGUUGAUUGGCUUGAAAAGAAUGCAGAUGAAGAUUAUCAGCACAAUCAAUUUGAUAAGUUUGAAUAUUUUACUGAUGAAUGUUUUGCAUUAGAACAUACUAUGAAUGAAUUGAUUACUUCAAGUAUCAAUACGGGAAAAUUUAGCUUCGAAAUGGAUCCUGAUGCUCGUUACCGCCAUGAUCAUAAUAUUUUACAUGAAACUGAUAAGGAAAAUGAAGAUCGUCUGUUUAAAUUUAUGUUCAUGUGUGUUCGAGCUGGAAAACUAGAUGCUGCCCAAAACCUGGCUGAAAAAUUCGGGCAACCUUGGGCAGCUGCAGUCCUGGAAGGUUGGAGGUUGCAUCACGAUCCUAAUUUUGAUACAGACGUAAUGGAUGGACAAGAACUGUUACCAGUUGAGGGAAAUAAAUACCGAGAUUUGUGGAAAGGCGCAUGCUGGGUUGCAAGUGAGCAGCCUGUUGUUCCCAUGCAUGAGCAAGCCUUGUACGGAUCAUUAUGUGGAAACUUAAAAGCUGUUUUGCCUGUCUGUAAAACAUGGGAGGACUACUUAUGGGCAUAUACCAAAACCUCUUUAGAUAAACUUAUUGAGCAGGAAAUUCGUAAUUCUUACCAAUCAGAUAGAAGCUUAGAAGACCUUCCUGCAGAAUAUUGGGAUAACAUUUAUGAUACUGAAUAUAUAUUUCAAGAAUUGGAAGCUAGUAAUCUUACUAAAGUCAAACAAGACUGCAAAAACCCUUAUCAUGUGAUACAGAAAUAUAUUAUAUUGUAUGAUUUAGGCGGUCUUAUUGAGGAAAUGUACAGUUGGUUAAAUAAUCGUGCUUUAGAUGGUCAUAUAUUGAGGCUGAUGGCUCAUAUUAUCCUCUUUUUGCGAGUCAUUGGACGAUCUACCAAAGAAGAACUGUGCAUUCCUAUAUUAGAAACUUAUGUUCAGGAACUUAUAAAAUCAAACAAACGAGCUCUUGUGGCCCCAUAUACUUCAACUCUACCUAAAGAACAACAAAUAAUGUGGUACGCCAAAUUCCUUGAAGGAGUGACUGACAACAGUGAGCGUCAAAAGUGCCUUCAAUAUGCAGAAGAUGCUGGGUUGGAUGUAUCCCAAAUUACAAAAACAGUUGUUAAAAACAUUAGAGAGAAAGAAGUUAUCAAAAAGGAUAAUGAUUCAGAUUUGACUGCUGCAACGACGGAAGAAGAUUUUCAAAAAAUUCAUGCUAUUGACUGGUUGAUAUUCAAUCCUAAUCAAAGGUCUGAAGCUGUGAAGCAAGCUAAUGCUUUAUUGAGAGUUUUUAUCGCCCAGAGAAAACUUGAUGCUGCUAAAUUGUUGUUCUCCAAAAUACCUGAAGAUUCUUUGGCUCUCAUUAUGCAGCUAUCAAAAGCAAAAGGUUAUGAAGAAUUGUCCGCUGAUGAUGACAAUACUACCAGAGAGUAUCUUUGCUUCAAAGCUUAUUUGGAGGCCAUGGAUGCUUUUAAUGCUUGGUUUCACCACUCGCUCCAUGCUAAGCCUAAAGAACCUCAGGGUCCUGGAGAUCAUGUCACUUUUAAAGAAAAAGUUGCUCAUGAACAUGAAAUGCAACAGUAUGAAAAGGACUUGAAAAGGUGGAAAGAUGUUGUUAGCAUGCUUGGUUCUACUGCAUCGGAAUGUUUAUAUAAUGUCCUACUCUUUGUGAAUGGAGGAUGGAUGGUUGAUCAAAGAACAGAUGGCACUAUUGAUGAGGGCCGUACUCUCCAAUUAGCUCAUCUCCGUAAACAAUGUAUACCACAUGUUUCUCAUUUGUUACAAGAUCUUUUAACUUCAGAAGAGAGGUACAAGGAAGCUAUUCAAUUAGCAGACAUUUUAUCUUCUGAAAGAUAUGAGCUCUAUAAGGAGUUUUCUAAUGAAGAUAUCAAGCAUUUUCUACGCAUUACUCUUAAUGCAUCCUUUUCUUUACUAGAUACAAAUAAUGAUCCUCUAGGAUAUAACAGCUGAAACUAUAUUUUACUUUUUUGAAGACCCAUUUUCAUAUUUUUUGUAUUUAUUGUAUAAAGUGAAAUGUUUAAAUAAACAAUGUUUUUAUCAUA